AGGCGCGCGGGCGGCCAGCAGACGACCAGGCCAGCCGCUCCACAUAUUUACCAAAGUGAGUGUGGCCCCACCCGGCCAGGCGGGGUUCAGGCGUCACCCUGGGCCAGGCAGUACCCACCUCUCGUGCCUCUUCGCACGUUCGCCGAGAGGAAGCUGCCGCCACAGAGCUCAAAUGUGAUGACGUCACCUUCCCAGUACAAACAAACAGUGUGUCUUUUAAAAACCCAGUGACUGUGCAGCUCGAGGGCAGGUUUGUGUGGAGCCGCGGCUUUGAAUAGAGCAGCGCCAGACACCUGUGGCGCUGAACCAGACUGAAGCGGUGCAAAAUAGGAUGAAAGGAGAGGGCUUUAAUGCUAAAUUAGAAGUCUUCAGCAUCUGAGGCAGUGACGGCCGCGGGCUGGGCCGCGUAUGGAUCGAAGGAGGAGGCUAUGUGUGUGGCGGGCAGCCUGGCAACACUGGUUUUGAAAGAGCUGUUCUCGCAGGAUAUACACACUCCCAAACUCCGCCCAGCGCCCACCAUGGCAGCCAACACACCUUCUCGCACAAACAGUCAGAGACACUCGUGCCGUUCCACGCGCUCAAGCUCUUACAGACACCAAUGCCAUACCAACCGCAGCAGUACUCGAAGACAGUCGUUCAAUACCUCUCGCAACAGCAGUCACAGAGCUUCGUACUACAAGAGUCGCCAGCAGACCCCGGAGGUACCCCCAAGCACCGCCGAUGACAGCCAGCAGGCAGGUGGAAUGAUGCUGACGCCCAUGUGGGUGGUACGACUAUCAGCGAGCCUGGGCAUCCUGGGCGGUGCCUUUCUCUUCUCCGGCGUCAGUGUACUCACCAACAGUUUCGGCCAGUCCUUGCCGAGGGUUGGGGGCGAGGACAAGACCUCAGGCAACAUAUUCCUCGCCAUUGGCUGUGUGUCCCUGGCUGUCUCUGCUGGCCUGGGCUAUUAUGGCUGCCGGAAACGCAAGAAGAAACAGGAAGAUGACGCCAGCGACAGCGGCAGGGCACUAAGCUUCGCCCCUGCCCUGUCCACCACGGCCGACAUGUUCCCGUGGCCAUCCACGCCCUCCCACCAAAACCAGCCCAUCGGUUCUCCCUACGUCACCCCCGCUGCUGGGGAACCCGCCUUCAAUUCGGCCUACGCUAAUUCCGGGGCAGAACCGCAAUCCAGUUCACCCUCUGCUACGCCUGCUGCAGGAGAACCAGCCUUUGUCUCAGCCUCCUCUCCCAAUGGGGAAGGCCCUGCCGCCUCACUCCCGGAACCCUCCUCGGAUUCCGCCGCCGAUGGGUCUCACUACACAGGGAUCUCGGGAACACCACCGGCGAUCCAGGACCAGGAGAACAACAGUGGGGCUUCAGUCGCCUUGUCUGAUCCAUCCCUGACCAUGAACGCCGAGGCCUAAGCCCCCAGGGCAGGAGGUGCUACUCUUCCAGCGUCCAGCGAGUUCUCUGAAAGGCUCUCACUGGUAUUUCUUACGUAGGUUUUUGUAUUACAUAAAUAACUCUAUUCUUCUAUGUGAGAGAACGUAUUUGUUAAUUCUUGUUGAUGCUAAUAAUGAUAUCUAUUUACCUCUCUAGGUUCCAUACAUGGAUAUUCUUAUCUAUAGGUUGCAUACAUAACGGAUAUAUCACAUAAAUCAUGUUCGAUGUCUACGUAAGCCACGUUCGCCAGCCUAGUUCUGACACGAGCCACAGGUGGUGAGCCGCCCGGCCCGCGCCAACAGGUGACAGCGACGCCAGCCGCCCCGCCACCCCACAAUACCGCUCUAUGGAAGCAAGAAGUUUAAUUUUUGUUGGUGCUGGAAAUGCGCGUGAAGUUCUGUACUUUUAUGCCUUAGAUAAGGCCAGCAGGGAAAUUUGGCCCCAGAAAGAACUGCAAAAAAAAAGCUGGAAUGUCUCAGAUAAUCGAUCACCUGGUGGGGACACCAAGGUACAGCACCAUCGCCUCUCCCCAGCACUCUACAUUUUUAUCUCAUUAAUAUUAAAUGAAUGUCUAUCGAGAAGAAAAUCCCCAUAUGAUUUUUUUCAAACAUUUGUAACAGCGAGACGCCACGUGAAAGCUUAUUCAGACUCAAACAGAAAAAUACAUAGGAAGAUGGCAAGCACUGAGUGAGCGAGUGCCUGGGGCUGCUCGAGGAGCGCUGCCAAGCACCAGAGUGUUUCUCGUCAUACUGCUGGCUACCCUCGCGGGUCGUCGUAGACCCCAUAGCCCUGCACUGCUUCCUGCUGCGUGGUGGGUCAUGGAGGGGCGGGGCAGAGCCGGGCGGUCAGGCUGCCGAGAGGCUGGCGGUGGGAUUGAGUUGCUGAUGCAAUACAGACAAUCAGGAAAAUUUGUUAUACGUGUGUUGAUGUAUAAGGAAGUCCCUUAAUUCCGACGACUUUCUGAAAAAGGAACCAAAUUUUUCAAAUUUUGAUGUAAUGUAAUUCUUUUUCCAACACGUUUCCAUGUUUGUUUGUGAGACACAGUGCCGGGCUCGGGACCCGGCGGGGGACGUGGGGACGCCCAACACACAGGACUUAUCACUCCGUUCCCGCUCCACUCCGGAGGCAGCUUCCCGGCGGGCUGGAGAAAACGCGGCCUCCCGGUGUGGGAAGCCUUCAUGAUCUCCGUCAUACUAGACUUAAUUCUAUGCACACUGAAUAAACUUUCAUUAGUAUAAUAACCAUGAAACUACUUCCACUCUUUAACCAUUGCCGCAGCGCUUCGUAGAGUAAAGCUAUAGACCAUAGCGUAUUUUCAGGCUUUGUAGUGUUGGGGAGGGAGGGAGGGAGGGAGGGAGGGGGGAAGGAGACGGGCUGAAUGGCCCCUGGGAACAAGGCCACGGUGGCGUCAGUGAGUCGCGUGCCAAAGCCACCUGUGGUCAGGAACUAUCCUGAAAAGCGUUCGCAAUUCUGAGUCAUUAUAAUCUUCACGAGGCCAAAUUGUCCUGACCAGUGUUUCCCGCAGCUAUUUCCGGGUUUCCAUUUCGUCAAAAUUAGUUAAACAAAUGGUGUGUUCCCACCAAGCAUUCCGCGAAGUAUUUCCGAUGUGAUUGGGGAUUUAUAGUGCCAACACAAUUAACUUUCGUAAUACACUUUGUGACACAAUAAAACGUAUCCGACCAAAAUGAUUGUGACAAAACAAAAUCAAUGCCUGACUGUACCAAUAUUUUAAUAAUUCUUUAAUAUUCAUAUCGUAUCCUGAGCUGUUUAGUUCCAAUGGUGCCAAACCCGCGGUCCUUCGGUCAUCACGCCCUUGACAUUGCUCCUCUGUGAUGGCAUCCAGUUAACUAAUUAAUGUCUGUGCCUAGAUUAUCAAUGAUACCUUUCAGUGCCAAGGCGGGCAGGUGGUCCAGGUGUUUUGAGAGGCAGCGCCUCGCCUCGAAGGGUGCGCACGGGGGACCCACAGGGAGGCUGGAGGGGGAGAAAGACAUGAAGCAACAAUUAGGCUCCUAUUUCUGAUCUCAACGAAACUUGUGCUUCUUGAAAAAUGCGCGCAUAUUUCAAACUAAGGUGAAGAGUGCCGUUCUUAUUUUAUCUAUUUAUUUUUUCUUCUUGUGGUGGAAAAGAUGUAACUGCUUGGGAGUCAUGACUCGCAGAAGAGUCGAUUCACAAAUGAAUCUUUGUUGGGGAUGUGAAAUACGAAAAUCGCAUUUCCAAUACUUUUUUUUCAUAUUUUUCUUUUUAAUGAAGUAGUCCAAGCAGCGAGGACUUGGUGGCGUGAGACCCAGAAAGGUCAUGUGAGGCGGGGGGAUUGGUGGCAAAGAUUCAGCUCGUGUUAAUCGACAUCCUUCAAAAUGAUUUCAGUGCCAUUAAUUUUGAGUAGAAGCGCAUGCACGUAGCAGUAGCAGCAGAAGCACAUUUGAGUACCGCAAAGCACACCAGUAACCUCCACAAGAAAGUGUUGGCCUGGUUCAAAUACGCCAGGCAGCACCACCUCGGACAUAUCAGGUCAAGAGCUACGCCGGAAAAAUCCUAGACACUGAAAAUUAAAAACGAAAUAGAAUGUAUCCUAAUAUGUAGUAGUUGCGCGUCAGCUUCAGUCCAGCAUCCCUCUGACCGUCACUCCCUCUACCAAACUCGCCUCUCCAGCGCGUCUCUGUUCCCCAGCCUGCAUCAUUCCCGCUAGUGCAGGAUAGUAAAGCGAAAAACACAAACUGCCUGACCGCUAUAACUCCUAACCUAGUCACCCCUUAGCGCAGGAUUCGUGGGGAGGAGAAGGGGGACAAGCAAACAUACCAUACAUACAUACAUACAUCUCCAGGUGUUAUUGAGCCGUAUUAUUCAUUAAGUAGACACCAAUACCCUGGUAGCUUGUUUAUGUUUACUAAUCUCGUGUGUUCAGCGACGGAGGAGGACUCAGUGAUUUGUGAUUUUCUGGUUUUGCGAAGGAUGACGAUUGAGUGCUGGAACUUUGCAAUGCGUGUGUGUGUCUGUGUGUGUGUGUGUGUGUGUGUGUGUGUGUGUGUGUGUGUGUGUGUGUGUGUGUGUGUGUGUGUGUGUGUGUGUGUGUGUGUGUGUGUGUUUGCGUGCGUGUGUGCAUGUGCGUGUGCGUGCAUGCCCGCAAGGCAUGUGUGUGUAAUUUAACUUAGGAAAUACAUAGCGUUGUUGAUUGUGAUAUAUGAAAGAGUGACAGCGUGGGAAUGUCAUCAUCAGCAUCAUCAGUGUCAUGAGCGAGUUGCCGUAAUGAACGAUGCAAUCAGGAAGCGAUAAAUGUCAAGUAAAUGUUAAUUAAUGUAAAUAUCAACGCAUUUCUCGACAGCGAACUGAAGCUAUGACGGACCAAAAAUCACCAAGAGUGACGAAGCAAGAUUGUAAAGAUUGUAAAGACCGAUAUCUCUUUUUCCUAUAUUGCGUUGGCGGAAAGACAAGAAUAUCAAUAUGCAAAGUGAUGACUCAGCGAAGAAAAGGUGAUGUUCUUGAUUUAAGUGAAGGGUUGUGAAAAGGUGAGACUACGAAUGUUAGUAACGAAGUGAACAAAGUAGUCGCUUUUUCUCAAGAUUUGUGCGAAAGUGUUCAGUGAAAUAUGAGCGUCAGUAACCUAACGCAGCCAAACCAAGAGAAAAGAAAAAGUAACCGAAUAGAUAGUGUAUAAAAAUGA